AAGAAAACUCGUAGACGGGACAUGAUUUUGCACUGUGUGGAAUUCUUCUGAAAAACGUACAUUUUCACCGAUUAUUUUGUCAUAAAGCCAGCAUUGAGUUGAGUCAACAACGUAACGGUGUACACACAGUCGAACAAUAACAAAGCAGCACCAUGAAUUCUGCGGUCACACCCGUCCCAAAGAUAGUGCUUAAAAGCACAACUAAACAAACACUCAAUGAUCGAUUCACCAAGAUCAUCAAGAACAGACCCCAAGUGACUGCCCAGCAGCGGACAGAGACCAUGCUUCAGCAACAGCAGGUAUCAGCAGCUAACAGACGACUAGCAAUGCAGAUGGAGAACAGGAUGACUGUCCAGACUGCAAUGAAUCCCGCUAAGCAGUCACUGAAACAGCGUCUUGGUCAACCCAACAUCCAAGGGAGACUUGGUACACCGCUGGGCCAGCGAGGGCAAGGGAGGUUACGUGGAGUGCGAGGAGGAGGUCGCGUCAGAGGUACAGUGUUCACCAGAGGGGGACGAGGGAUCGCCAGAGGGCCUGGGAUGAGGGUCAACACAGGCGCAAGAGGAAGAGGACGGGGAGCGAUGCGAGGACUACAAGGUGGACAACGAGGCGGACAACGCGGGCGAGGAGUGGCGAGGGGACAGGGUGUUGGAAGGGGACAAGGGAUCCAGAGGGGUGCGAGAGGAGCUGCCAGAGGUGCCCGAGGUCGUGGAGGACGAGGAGGGCAACAGCAACAAAUGGCAGGGUUCCAAGUUCGCGGUGCCGGUGCCCGUGGGCAGUUGCGUGGACGUGGUCGAGGAGGACGAGGUGCCCGUGGGGGACGCGGGCGGGGACGCGGAGCAGCGGCCCAGGUGCAAGUCAACAAAGAGGAUUUGGACAACCAGCUCGAUGCAUACAUGUCAAAUACAAGAUCAGGUCUUGACGCAGAGUUGGAUGCGUACAUGGCUGAAGCCGAUAUGGAAUGACCAAUCACUUUGUAGAAUGUAUACCUAAACCAUUGACAAUGUGUCUUCUUAUAAGAGUUCACUGUGCCUCAAAUGGCAUUUUGUUCCACAGCUUAUAGAUAUCUGGUGGCAACGAACAAAUCUUGGGAAAACUGUUAAUGCCUCCAAAGUGUAAAAAUAAAGUAAUUUCCUUAAUUUAGGAUAAACUUAAGCAGUAAUUUUAAGCAAAGAUAGGCUAUAUACUCAACACCAUUACAAGCAAAUUUCUUUGUUUAAUACAGUGACAAAUGCAUUGUUUUAUGUAUCAUCUGAUUGCAAACAUUCUCAAUAAAGUUAAGUUACUUUUAAAAGGUAUUCUGUUUGACAGAAUAGACGUACAUCAGCUGAAGUAUAUGAACAAUUGUUAGACCAACAAAUUAUGCUGAGCUUAUUCCAGAGCUCUUUUUGUGUGCAUGCUUUAUAAUAUUAUGAUGAGAUUUUCACCUCAAAGAUAUGUUUUUCAAAGCAGUAGACUACAUAUUAUAGUCUUGUAGACUUGGAAUCGAGUCAUGUUAUAGCUAACUUGCUACACUCCCAUAAUUUCUUUUUCUGAAAGACAUGAGUAAAAGUGUGCACACUUGCUGUCACAUUGCUUUCCAGCUGUAAAGCAUGAUGGGAUAAACAAGCUGGUAGAGUCACAGCAAAUGCACCCAAUUUGAUUUCAAGUCUAAAAUGACCUUGCAGUGAGUAACUGUAGUGAACUGUAGUGUUUGCAAGUAUUCAAUGGGGGACCUUGUUUCUUUAAAUUAGUGGUGGUAUGAAUUGAAAUUUACAUAUUGUACUCAAGGUUUUUAACACCAAAGGGUUAUAUAAUUUGGUGACUGCUUCCUUUUUAAAGCUAAACAAGAUCCGAAAGUGUUAUAGAUACUGACAUCCCCUGAUAAAUUUGACCAUGGAAAGUUUUUUAUAUUUUAAACAAUAUUAUGUUUUAGCCUGGAAAAAGGUAGACAUGUGUUUUCAAUUUUAGUACGUUUCUUUUUUAGAUAGGUCACAACUUUUACAGUAUUUCAAUUCAAUCUAUCUCUGCAGCUGCAGUUUUUUCUAAGAUGAGGAACUGAAAAGUUUGAGUUGUAUUUAUGUAUUUUUUGUUUUUGGGAGAUUUUGUAUUUUCAAUAUCUCUUGAGAAGUUUUCAACGAUCCUUAUCUUGUCUGUGUAAUUGUAAUCUUCCGAGACGUCUUGUCCUGAAUUUGAAGUCUUCAUCUUUUUACAGGCAAAGAAACAAAGAAAUUUAAUAUCUAGGUCAAAGUGUAUAUAAAUCUCUGCUUAAAUUUGUAAUAUCACACAAAAACACUUCUUUUUUUUUUAAACCAGUGCAGUUCUUUUAGUUGGCAUGCACAUGCAUCAAAAUAUACAGUUAGUGUUUAUAGGCCAGCCGUUUUUAUGAAUUGUUUGAAACCUUUUUUGUAGUGUUUGUGUAUUAUUUUGGUUUAUUUGUCUUUUGUAAUAAAUACUGUUUCUACAUUUCAA